AUUUCUCCACUGCUUUCUCUCAGUGUUUAAUAACUGAAACACCAAAGCAAAGUCGCAACAACGACAACAACCGCCGACCGCUCGCUUUUAGACCCCCUCAAAACACAUCAUUAGGACACACUAUUAACUCGUGAUCUCCAAAUAAUUUUUCCUUUUCCUGUUUUGUUAAUGGCUUCGCGUCGUCGUUUUGCUCUCGCCAAGUUUUAUUAGACACCGAGAGUUUUUUUGUUAUUUUGUGUAAAUAAUAACAGAAGAUGCAGAGGCGGAGGAGAAGAGUGGUGGUGUUGCUGAGGAAGUUGAUAACGUGCGCCAUAUGCGUAAUAGCGUUGGUGGCUCUUCUGUCUGUACACAUCCAUGUUUUUCCUUCUUCUAAAGUUUCAGACUUCUCUGAUCCUUACAAACUCCCAACCGUUACUCAGCAUACAGAGCAAAGCUGGACUCAAGAGCUGGCUCCACCUCAUUUGUCCAAAGCUCCGUUACCUUCCCGCAAGUUGGAUGGUGCUAGUGGGAGUUCGGAUUUUGGCAAGUUAUGGAAGUCUCCGCCGAAUCGCGAUUACGUGCCUUGUGCAGAGCCUAGUCCUAAUUAUACAUCUCCUGCACCGUCUCGUGGUUUUCUUCUGGUUCAUACAAAUGGUGGACUCAACCAGAUGCGUGCUGGGAUCUGUGACAUGGUAGCCGUAGCCCGUAUCAUAAAUGCCACUCUUGUAGUUCCAGAGCUUGAUAAGCGUUCAUUUUGGCAAGAUUCAAGCAACUUCUCUGAUGUUUUUGAUGAAUAUCAUUUCAUUAAUGCUUUAGCUAAUGAUGUAAAAGUCAUAAAAAAGCUUCCUAAGGAAUUCACUGCAGCUACCAGAGCAGUUAAGCAUUUCAGAAGCUGGUCUGGUAUGGAUUACUACCAGGAUGAGAUAGCUAGCUUGUGGGAGGAUUAUCAGGUUAUUCGAGCUGCCAAAUCUGAUUCUCGCCUAGCAAAUAAUAAUCUACCUCCAGAUAUUCAGAAGCUCCGUUGCCGUGCUUGCUAUGAAGCUCUCAGAUUUGCUCCUCGAAUUGAAGCAAUGGGAAAACUGUUGGUGGAUCGAAUGAGAUCUUAUGGUCGUUACAUUUCUCUACAUCUUAGAUAUGAGAAGGACAUGCUAGCCUUUAGUGGAUGCACACAUGAUUUAUCUCCCGUUGAAGCUGAUGAACUAAGGACGAUAAGAGAAAACACUGCCUACUGGAAAGUGAAGGACAUUGAUUCUGAGGAACAGAGAUCCAAAGGUUAUUGCCCCCUAACACCAAAGGAGGUUGGAAUUUUUCUUACAGCUCUUGGGUACCCCUCAAACACCCCUAUAUAUAUUGCUGCUGGAGAGAUAUAUGGGGGUGAUUCUCGUAUGGCUGAUCUGCAAUCCCGCUACCCCAUAAUAAUGAACAAGGAAAAAUUGGCAUCUGUUGAGGAGCUUGAACCAUUUGUCAAUCAUGCAUCUCAAAUGGCUGCACUUGACUACAUUGUAUCCGUUGAAAGUGAUGUGUUUAUUCCAUCAUACUCUGGAAACAUGGCGAGGGCAGUUGAAGGUCAUCGCCGUUUUUUGGGACAUAGGAAAACUAUUUCUCCUGACAGGAAAGCACUUGUUCGUCUGUUUGACAAAAUUGAGAAAGGAACAAUGAAAGAAGGCAAAAGUUUAGCGAAUCGGACCAUUGAAAUUCACAAAAGACGGCAAGGAUCCCCACGAAAAAGAAAGGGCCCUAUCUCGGGAACAAAGGGCAUGGAUAGGUUUCGCUCAGAAGAAGCUUUUUAUGUAAAUCCUUUGCCAGAUUGUUUAUGUCAGAAGGAACUACCAAAUGUUAACGCCUCAGUUUUUAUCAAGUAGAUUAGAGGCUCUUGGACAAUUCCCUGCAACAAAGAUCCCCCAGGGCUAUUGGCACGGAAUAUCGGCCAAUAGUUUAUUGAAGAUCUGCGAGCUGAUUGUGCCAUUUUAGAAGCUGGGGACGCGGAGUGUGUAUAUCCGGAGUUAGAUAUAUAGGUGAAAUGGACAGAGCAUUCGAGUUCUGGGUAGGGAUAGGAUCAUCAAAGACAUGAUUCCAUAGAAUCACAAAGGUAAAUUUAUAUUCUUCAAGUUGGAGAAGUUGGCCAAGUUUCAAGAGAGGGAUAAGGGAUUCAUGAUGUAAAAAUGCUUCAAGAAAUUACAUGCUCUUACACGAUUAUAUAUUUUAUUUGUAGCCACUGAGAUGGUUAUUUCA